AGUUAUACCUAAGUUAUAUUUCAUAAAAAAAUCUAAGCUUUUGUAAAUUAUUGAACUUAACUGGAGUAUUUAGUGUGAUUUUAUUUAGAUAACUAUUUAACAGCUGUAGGAGGUGAAGAUUACCAACAUAUGACAAGUGCUAUUAUGGGGAAGCUGCUCUCCCCAAAAACAUCAUUAUUAUAUUCAACCUAUGGCAAAAAAGGGAAAAAAUCUUUUGCUGCUCUUACAUCCUGCCAGGUUGUUAUUGCUGCAGUAAAAAGAAAAUAUUCGGACUCUAACGAGAAGCACAUUAAAGUGCGUAUUGGUAGGUUUUUAGCACAAUCAAGCGAUCGAGAAGGAGGGCGAAAACGGCGCCUCGAAAAAAGCGAUUUUCGAAUUGAAGAAAAUAGUUCACCAACGGUUGAAAAAUGUUUACUAUCGGCUGAAAAAAGUUUUUCCAACUAAA